AUGCCACCUUGGAGAUAUAAGCUUUAUUGGAGUUGCCCCGCCAUCCGUUCGACAUCUCACAAUGCAAGUUCUUCUGAAAUAUGCUCUUCAACACUGGGUGAUUCGUGUUCAAAGUUAAGAUUGUCGGCAAAAAUCAAUCCUGUUUCAUACGAACAACUACAGUACUCAUGUCAGCGUCGGCAUCAAGUUGAUCCAAUACACGUUGCAAAUGAGGAGGUGUGUCCGGUGGGAAGAGUACGACUUCAAGUUCUUGAGGUUGUAUCCGUAUGUAUUUACAUUAGUGAUCCACUUAAGAAAGAUCCCGCGUGUCAUCUACGUCGUUGCCGUGUGGUAGUAAUUCAUCUCUUUUGCGGUUGUAUCCCCUUUUCCAGUCAAUAA